AUGUGUGACCAGCAGAAGCAGCCACAGUUUCUUCCAUCUUGUGUGAAGGGUUCGGGACUUGGAGCUGGGCAAGGUGGCAAUGGUGCCUUUGGAAAGGGCCAGGUUUCAGGACAAGCCCAAACUGUUUAUGCUCCGGGACCUGCCCCUUGCCAGCCUCAAACCAUCGUGAGAUACUCAGCUCCAGUUCCUGCUCAAACUUAUGUGAGAUAUCAAGUUCCAUGCCAGACCAAAACCUAUGUGAAAUGCCCAGCUCCCUGCCAGACAUACGUGAAAUGCCCAGCUCCAUGCCAGACUACUUAUGUGAAGUGCCCACCCCCAUGCCAGACGACUUAUGUGAAGUGCCCACCCCCAUGCCAGACGACCUAUGUGAAGUGUCCAGCCCCAUGCCAGACGACCUGUGUCAAAUGUCCAGCUCCCUGCCAGGCUCAGACGUAUUAUGUCCAGUAUCCAGCUCCUAGCCAGACCUACUACACUCAGGCUGCUUCAAGUGGCUCAGGUUCUCAGGGUGGUGUCCCUGACCCAUGCUCUGCUCCUUGUUCCAUGAGCUACUGCUGUUUGGCUCCCCGGACCUUUGGGGUGAGUCCUCUGAGACGCUGGGUCCAGCGGCCCCAAGGAUGGAACACAGGAUCUUCUAGCUGCUGUGAGGAUUCUGGGUGCUGCAGUUCUGGAGGUUGUGGAGGUUGCGGCUCUGGAGGCUGCGGCUCUGGAGGCUGUGGCUCUGGAGGCUGCGGAGGCUGUGGCUGUGGUUCUGGGUGCUGCUGUUUGGGAAUUAUUCCCAUGAGGUCCCGAGGUCCUGCAUGCUGUGACAAUGGGGAUGAUUGCUGUUGUUAA